AGCUUUUACGACGUCGUUUUAAAUUCCUUCACAUCAGUCAGUGCCCGAAGUCCAUUUGCGCAAAUAAGUCCCAACCGAAGUCAGUGUGUUCGCAGCCACUUGUGUGUAUAGUUACCUGUUUCCAAUUGUCUGCCGUCCGUCCGUCUUUCCGUCAACCAUCGCAUCGCACAUCGGUCAGUUUAACUAAUUGCUUACUUAUUUUCGGUCGCCGUGAGUCGCUCGUUAGUGCAUCCGCGUCGUAAAGUGCAUGUGACACAUAUUUUGCGCGUGUAAUCAAAGCAGGCGUGGGGUGGCGAAUCGUGGUUGCCGUGGAAUUUGAAUUAUCGAAAAAUGGCGAAGUGGUUUCAUCGUCGUCAUCAUCGUAGUAGCCGCUGCUGCAGUUUGGUGUGGUGAACGCGAUUGCUUGCGAAUGCCAAGGGGAGUGCUGGGGCGUGGUGGACGUGGUCUCAUUGGGGUCUCAGCGUGCGCUCGUGUGUAUGUGUGAUUCUGUUGAUGUUGGUCCCCCAACAACAAACCGCGGGGCGAAGUGAAUCAGUGCGACUAGCGCCUACUAUGGUGGGCAGGGUGUGAGUGGCUGUGAGGAGUAGGUUUUUUUUUGCCAAAAAAGAGAGUGGUGAAGAGGAGAAAGAAAAACAAGCCUUCCUCAUCAUCAUCAACAACGUUGUGUCCAGUACAUACCGCCGAAAACCAACAAUAACCACACACUACUCCAGCAAACGAGCCCACAUUGCAUUGGGGGUGUGAGGUGAGCCGUGGGACGGAUUUGCUGCUUUACGUAUAGCGGAGAUUGGCGACGAGUCGUCGUCCGCAGCGAAGAAGACUCGAACCGGAGUGCCUUGGAUCCAGAACAAGAAGAAAGGCUAAGAAGAAUCAAUCCAAGUUAUUGCCAACCCACCAAAACUCGUAUUGUGCCACACACCAUCCACAUAUCCAGCGGCAGAGGAGAAUCAUUCGACCGGAGCAACAACAACGACCGCGCGCGCGCACGCGAAUCAUCACAUCGCGACGAGGAAACGUAAACAAACCUAGCUAAACUGUUGCGCGCAGGCGGCAACAGCUUACGACACACGAUCGAUAUUUGUGCCUGCCCCGUGGAAUUUGGUGGAACACCUGUGCCUGGCUGAACCGGUCGAGCACGCGUCCGCCUGUUCCAAAAACAUCAGAAGAACUUCAGAACUUACCGCGCUUACAAGGCCGGAGGGUAACGAGAGUGUGGGGGAAGCCUACGGAAGUACCUGCGCUAGCCACAGAACGGCCCGAGCGAUGCACAUGCAACCAUGGCCAUGAGUUCGAACAUCUACGCCAUUCUGGUGACCUGUUUGGGAUUCUUCUGUCUGGUGAUCAGUGCCACCGCCGUCGGAGUGCCGAUAUGGGCGUACUACGAGAGUCGAGGGGGAGAGGAUCGAGGGUACUUCGGGCCGUGGCAAAAGUGUCAGAAAAUUAGUUACCGGGAACGGUGUGGAGACGUGGGCCGGUUUCAACCGUCAGGCGUCGUCUUCACCAGUGGCCUGAUGGCGGUGGCAGGAUGUGCCAUGUUCGGCAUAUACUGCAUACUCAGCAUCAUGCAGAUAGCGAUGAUCUCGUCGCGGGACCGCAUCUGUAUGAAGUACAACGCACUCAUCACAUUGAAGCUGGUCCUGGUGGUGCUGGCUACAUUCCUUUCGCUGGCGGCAGCCGGCCUGUUCGCCCUGCAGACCGACGACGAUCGGACGGGGUAUCACAUCACGCGGGGGAUCUCGUUCUACCUGCAGAUCGUAACGGUGGCCCUGUCGUUGGCGCUGAUGGUCCUGUCGGUAUACGACAAAAUACUGACGAAGCGACCGGACGGUGAUCCCACCAUGAUGGGCAACGCCAACGGCAAUGCGACCACGUACAACAAUCCGGGCUUCCGGGAAACGAACGGCAUCGCCGUGACCAACGCGAGCGGUCGGCCGUACUCCAGCAUCAACGGAAGCGUCCAGUCCGUUACCACAACCAUGACGACCAUGUCCAAUGGGUCAACGAUAGGAUCCGGUUCGGUCACCCGAACGCCGCUUCGGUCCAGCUUGAAAAAACCCCGUCCACAGAAUGCCGAUGGCCUGGGUAUUCGAAAUCCGGGAUAUUCCGAAAACGGCACCGUCAAAAAGGUGCGCAUUCAAACGGGCAGUACUGAUGUUUAAGGGGUCCUCGUAGGGUACCACAUAUGUACCACAUGUGUCCGUCCGUCCAUCAUACAGAAUAAGAAUGAGUAGAAACAAAUCUCGACAAGAUGAUCUUUAUUUACUUAAGCUAUACGCAAGCAAAUCAAAUAGGUAUCUGAAUUAAGUGUUAUUUAGUCGUAGACUAUACAUAUGAAUAUUUUUUUUUGUUGAAGCUGUCACUUUAAAAGUACUGAUUGUAAAUAGCACAACUAUUGAAAACAAAAAGACGUACUAGAAUGAAUCAACAAAUCGUAUCGAAUUACCUAAAAGCAUUAAGUAACGCGCAAAUGGAGAAGAUGACAAAAGUCACCAAUCUAGUGAAGAUUAAUAAGAAAGAAUUUGCCAAUUUAUUAUUUAUGUAUGAGUUUUUAACAGCAGAAGGUAGCAAAAUUGUGCAUCAAAGUAGAAGAAAAACUUAAGUGCACUUCAACGUUGCCUUAGUGCUUACCAGCAAUAUGAAGCAAGAAAUCUCUAUUAUAUGAAUUAUAUCAUAUGCGUAAGAAUGCGUGCGGGGCCAAUCGAUGAGUGCAGUAACGGAUGUAUACACAUUUCAUAUCUCAAAAGCAAAUUUAAUCUCUGUUUCAACAAACUGUCUCAAUUAGUUUUACCGAAAACCCCAAGAAAACAUGAAUAGUGAAGCUUCGGCCAAUCACCAAGAUUAAUAUUUUGUUAGCAAAAUCAAAAUUGAAAUUUGGUUUUAAAAUCUAAAUAUUUUAUUUGCUAUUGGAUUCUUGAUUUGAUUUUCCUAAGAUCAUCGAAAAAGUUUAUGUUUGUUAGUCUCCAGAGGAAUUGAAACUUGAUUUCGUUUAACAGUUUAAUUCCAGCUUUUAUGGUUCAUGUUAGUGUGAAUGAUCACUUGAAAUGUUCAAUCAGCGUUUUGCAGCUCAUUUCUUCUUACUUGAUUCAGAAUCAGGAGUAUUGUGUCGAGUUGUCCAAUUUUACGCAUGAAUAUCACAACACAAUCAGCAUUCUUAACCAUCAUUACUAGGGACAAUGGAAAUUCGCGAUUUCGCGGAAGCCGCGAAAUCCGCGAAAUUGAGUGUCGGCCGCGAAAUUUGGAAAAUUCCGCGAAAUUUGCAUAAAAUGACGAAAAACCUUAUAAAUGUUCUUGAAAUCUUAAGUUUUUAAUCAAAUUUUCAAGAUUUUUACCGUUCAGAACUCUGUCCACAUGAGCAUUAUGGAUAUUCAGAUUUACAGUUAGGCUAUUUCUUUGCGAAAUUUUACUACUUUUAUUAUUUUCCGGCUUAUCACUAAUCACAUUCUAUGACGUCAAGUUUUCUUAUACCCAAAAUUGCGUUUUUUUACAUUUAUACGGUCAAAAACGUAGGAGCGCGAAAUUCCGCGAAUCUUUUAGCUUUUCAGAAAGGUCACCCGCGAAAUUUCAGAAAUUUUGCCGCGAAUUUCCAUUGUCCCUAAUCAUUACCUGUUAGAUUUUAGUUGCCUAAGCUCCGAUCGAUAGUCUUCCACUUAAAUCCAGAAUUAAGUCCAAGUAUUCUUUUUCAUUUUAUAGCGUAGCAGGUACCAUAAUUGUAUAAGUUAGAGAACAUCAGCAACAGUAUACUUUUAGCUAUGCGUUGUCGCAAAUGUGAAUCAAACAAUCCGUCCAUAAUGAAACAAUUGUUGCGAAUCAAAUUAUGUGUUUAUAAUUUGAGUUUAUUGAUUUUAAAGGAAACAUUAUCACAUAGAUGAAGAAAUGUGUACUGUGAUUCAUUCAAAAUGAAUUUUGUAACGGAACGAGACCUAUGAAUGAGAAGAACAAUAAACGAUUGUUGCUAACAAUA